ACUUUUUAGGUCAAGUUGGGGGUUUUUUAAAGGUUUUAAAGACGGAGUUUGACUGGGAGGCAACUAGGCAAGGCAGUGAAGGAGAGAGAGGGGGGGACUAAUUAGAUCUGAAAGAAAGCCUUUAGAGAUACACUGGAAGGACAGGAAGCCCCAGGUUCCUAUCAGAAUAUCAACGCUCUCUUCUGUCUGGCUCAAUUUUCCGGCUCCCCAAACAAGAAAAAAAGAUAAAAAGAAAAAAAAGACGAACACCAGUAUAAUACCAUUAUGCCACAGCCACGCCCUUAUUUUCACCAGCUGAUUCUCUCUUCCACAAUCCAUGCCAAACAACUGAGGAUACCAGAAAUUUUUUUCAAGAAAUUCAGGGAAGAGCUUUCUGCUGUUGUUAAACUCAGUGUUCCUGACGGUCACGUUUGGCAAGUAGGAUUGAAGAAGGUUGAAAAUGGUGUUUGGUUUCAAGAUGGUUGGCAGGAAUUUGUUGAGUGUUACUCUAUCCGCGUUGGGUACUUUCUAGUGUUCAGAUAUGAAGGAAAUUCGGGUUUCUUUGUUCAUAUAUUUAAUUUGACGAAUUCCGAGAUAAACUAUCACUCCAAUUCUCUGAGUAACGCUCAAGGGCUCAAUUAUGGCAAUCAGUAUAAUGUGUUUGAAGAAAUGGAGGAUGAUGACUAUGCAGAAAUCUUGGGUCCCUCACCUUCAUUCCUCACUACUAGGCCUUUGAAAAACAAGCUUUUUGGUGAACGUGGAGAUCAAUUGACGCCUAGUAAAAGUUACACUCCUCCCUCACUGCAGAAUUUGUUCAAUGGGUCUCAACUUAAGAACUCAUUUAAUUGGGUUGGUGAAGGUAACCUGCAUCUUUUCAAGGGUGUUAAUAAAUCACCAGGAGAAAUUCAACCCUCUAGAGAUAUAGGUAUUCAGUUUAAUGCAGUUGAGCUUAAAAAGUCUUUGGAUGAAGUGAAAUUGCGAAAUCCAGGUCAAGAAAUUCAAACAAUCAAAAAAACCGUGAGAAAAAAGCGGAAACCUGAUCCUAGUAAGCUAUAUGAUCAGGAGUCAUCCGCUCAACAUGAAGAGGAAGUAGAAAUGCGGUUUAGAUUUUAUGAAAGCGCUUCGGCAAGAAAAAGAACAGUGACAGCGGAGGAACGAGAAAGGGCUAUUAAUGCAGCCAAAGCAUUUGAGCCGACUAAUCCUUUCUGCAGGGUUGUCCUGCGACCAUCAUAUUUGUAUAGGGGUUGUAUAAUGUAUCUGCCAUCCUGUUUUGCUGAAAAGCAUCUAAGUGGGGUUUCAGGAUUCAUCAAACUUCAGACUCCUGAUGGGAGACAGUGGCCUGCCCGAUGCCUUUACAGAGGAGGUAGAGCCAAAUUAAGCCAGGGAUGGUAUGAAUUUUCGUUGGAGAAUUAUUUGGGGGAAGGAGACGUUUGUGUCUUUGAACUGAUGAAGAUGAGGGAUAUUGUGCUAAAAGUUACCGUAUUUCGUGUCGCCGAAGACACAGGACUGGUGGUGAACCAACCAUUACAGCAAGUCAGCCCAAUAAAACUACUUAGAAAUUAGUUUCUGGUAAUUUUGAGAUUUCUAAACUGUAUCAAGUUACUUUUGUCUUCUGGGUGGCUUGUUACUGAUCUUAUUUAUUCAUGUGGAGUUUAGAUGCCAUUCAGUGUCCAUAAACUUUCCAAGAUGACUUAGUGGAAAUUUUAGUUUUUUAGGAAUUUGAACACAAAUAUUAUGCCUUGACUAGGGUUGUAAAUAGAUUGUGCAAUCUAGUUUUUAUCAAACUGGACCGGAAUUGUACAUCCUAGUCAUUCCCUCCCCCUCCCCAUUCCCCUCUUGAGAUUUGGCGUUUUCAUCUUGAAGUUCUAUUUUAUUCUCCAAUUACAUACUAAUUGCUGA